UUUAAAAAAAACCUACUGAUUUGUAUAGGUAAUCAAGUAAAGUAUAAUAACGUAAUACAUUAGUGUUAUCUAUCACUGGUUUAUUAUGCAUUAUUAUAAUUUAAAAUUUAUAUUUUAGAAAUCCAAUGGGGAUUUCUAUAGGAAUAUAUGUGUGAAUCAUAGGCGUAAUUUGAGUAGGGCCAGGAGAGGAGGCUAUCACAUCAAAAAUGUAUUUUAACCCCGUAGUUUGCAAAAAACGGGAUAAAGUUACUUUUUUAUAAACUAGUAAAGUAGACAAAAUUAAAACGAUUUAAAAAAAUUACUUAAGUUAAAAGUUAUAGAAAAAAAUAAGUUAAGUUUAUUCUAAUUGUUUGUGCUAAUCUUCAUGUACAUAUAAAAGAAGAAGUCCUGACUGACUGAUUCAUAAUCAAUGCACAGCCUAAACUAUGAUAGCUAGCGACUUAAAAUUUUCAGGGUAUGUUUGUAUUAGGGUCUAGGUGUGCAAUAAGAAAGUAUUUUGAAUCAUUUUAAUUUUAAGGGUUUGAAAUGGGCAAAAACAAAAUUUAGUAAAAGUCAAAGUAGCUAACUUUUUCAGCUUUUUUUUUCUCUAGAGGCUUUAUGUCGUGUGACGUGUGGGCUGUGGCUAUAUAGCUUUGUAGUUAAUUACUAUUUUUUUUAAUUUCAUGUUGUUACAUUUUAAGAAACACAACAGACCUCUAAGGGCUCGAAGAAAAAAAUUGAAUAUAAAUAUAGAUAUUUUUUUUAUUUUUCAAGGGUAUUAUAUUAUGUUAGACAACGCUUGAUUUUAAACGUUAUUUUGGGUGAUUUACACUUAAAAAGAUAUUGCUUCCACAACGAGUUACACCCAAAAGGAGUAGAACAAUCACAAUUUUUUUUCUGGGCAACGCCGGGUAAUUCAGCUAGUUACAUAUAUAUUUAUUAGACUGGGCCAAAAAAACGAACAAUUUUUUUUUUUUUUGAACGGUACUAUGAAAAUAUUGUUUAUGAAUCAUGAUGAUAAAAAAAAAUUAUGGUGAAAGUUAGAGCACUUAAUAUUAAUAUUAAAAUACCUAUCAUGACGACUGACGGUUUUUUUACACUAAUGGCAUUUUUUAUCCAAAACUUGUAAAUUAUUGGCCUGAAAUUCUUUUGAUACGUAUUAUUCGAAAUGGCAGCUGGAUACGAAUUGCUCACUCCUGAACCAAGUGUAAUCAAUUUACGAGACAUUGUUCACUACCCCCAAGUUGUUGAGAUAAUGGAAUUUAUAAUUAUAAAUUCUUCCGGUCGAGUGCCUACUAUAGAACAACUUGUAAUGAGCGAGUUUUUCAGAAACAUAGAUCUCAGAGAGAUGAGAGCAACGUCAUGGCCGUUACUUCAAGCCAAGAUGACUGCUUUGUCGUCUCAACUGUUAGAAACUGUGAGAAACAGAAAUAGCAGCAAAAGUGAACUAAUCCCUGAAGACCAGGACGUAUCGGAAAUAAGUAGUACGGACAACUUACAAAUUAGAAAACUCUCAAUGAGAAGCAAGAGCUGUGAUGAUGAAAAAUGUUCUCACGCGACAGAAAGGAAAUCAAAUUUUGUAAGCGACAAAGAAGAACACUGCAGUUUAUCACUUUAUCAUCGUCAGCAGUCAUUAGAUUUCCAAUUCAUGGGAUAAGCAAUAAAUUUACAUGUUUAACCUCACCACACUUUAGACUGAAAUGCUUCUUUGCGGCAUCAUGCAAUAUUUAACUAUUAUAACUGUACCAAUAUCAAUAAAUCACAUCUGAAGCUUACCAAUCAUCGUCGGAAUCAAAUUCUGCACUUGGAUCUUUGGACCACGAUCCAUCAUUAUUUUUUAUCCAACCAAUUCUGUAAAAAAGAAGGCCAAUGAAGUUAGACUAUAGUCCAGAACUGCUCGUAGAAGCAAUAGACACUGAAGUUAGGCAUUGGUAAGGAUGCUUUUUUGCACGAUUAAGAACACUUUUAAGGGACGGCUUUUUUGUCAUUGAGGCUACAUAGCGUGAAACAAUUGUAGAUUCUACAGAAGAAGCAGACUUAUCCAAUACAUCUGAAAAAAAUUAAAAAUAACAUUAACCUUCAUUUCAUUGCCUUUAACAGUUAAUUAUUAAAAGAAAAACACUGUCAUUUCACCUCUUUCCGGUAAAUCUAGCAUCUUCUUUCUUUCGCCACGACCUGCAUGU